AUGGAAAAACUAGACCUAUCUACACACGCAAAGGAAAUUAAGAGCAACUACGACAGCGUUGUUCGUGGCGAGAGCUCUUACGCUAUCUACACAACACUCAAGGAUUCUUCGCUGAAACCAACUACACUCGGCGAUGGUGACAUUAAGGACUUUGUUUCAGAAUUUGAAGAAGGAGCAGUCCAAUUUGGUAUUUUAAGGGUCAAUCCAUUUGGUUCUGAUGUCCAAAAGCUAGUUUUGUUAGGCUGGUGUCCUGAUUCAGCUCCAAUCAAAUCGAAGGUUUCAUUUGCAACUAAUUUGUCCAAUGUUGGUAAAGUUUUACAUUAUCACGUUGAAAUCACAGCAAGAGAUAGUGAUGACUUAGAUGUCGAUGACAUUAUGAAAACCGUUUCUAAUGCGUCUGGUGCGAGAUACUCAAUCCAAAGCUUAACUCCAUCUUCAUCCACUGGUUCCAAAUUCAAACCAGCUCCUAAACCAGCAUCAAACCUUUCUGCGCCUGAACUUUCAACACCAAAACCAAGUCCAUCUAUUAUCAAGCCAAAACCUUCAUUGCCACCUAAAAAAGCUGAAGAAGAUGGUUGGGGUGAUGAAGAAGAAAUAAAGGAGAGGGAUUUUUCUAAGCAACCUUUGGAGACGUUACCUUCUGCAUACAAGCCAACAAAAGUUGACAUUGAUGCGUUGAGAAGUGGCAAGCCCUCCUUACCUGUUGAUGAUAAGGUGCAUGCAAAGGAGGAGGACAAACCAACUAAACCCGUAUCACCGCUCCCACAGUCUGCUACCAUUUCAAUCAAUCCAUCUGGUGGUUUGACUUCUUUACCAAAACCGAAGCCAUCCAAUUCUGUUUUAUCGAGGUUUAACCAAGAAGUUGUCAAGCCUGAAUUUGGUACCAAAGUUCCAACAUUUGGUUCUAAUCCAGCAAAGGACUCUUCUAUAUUGGUAGGCGGUGCAAGUAGAAAUUUUGCUUCAUCCAACGGUAAAACACCAGCUCAAUUAUGGGCUGAAAAGAAAGGCCAGUAUGUCGAAGUUGAAAGAGACGACAAACCAGUCAAUGCUGCCGAAGUUGAAGGUGAUGUGGAAAAGGAAGAUCAUUCUGUUAAUGAUGUCAAGGCGAAAUUUGAACAAAUCCAUCUACAAGCUGAAAAGGAGGAGGAGGAGGAGGAAGAAGUGAAUUCCAAAAAGUCUCCAACCUCAUCAUUCCCACCUCCACCUGCAAGAGAAACACCAUCAUUCCCACCUCCACCUGCAAGAGAAACAUCAUCAUUCCCACCUCCACCUGCAAAAGAAACAUCAUCAUUCCCACCUCCACCUGCAAGGAAUGACGCAUUCAGUAAAUUUCAAGAGAAGCAACCUGCGGAGGAAGAUAACGAUGGCUGGGAUGAAGAAGAAGAAGAAAAAGAAGAAACAAAUAAACCAGAGCCAGUUAAAGAGAAGAGUGGAAAUGUGAAUCCAGUGCCAUUGCCGCCAAGAGACGUUUCAGAGCCAUCUGCUAUUUCUGCUGCAUCGGCUUCGGAGUCAGCUCCAGGAGCUCAACCAGAAGCUUCAAAAGCCUCGGAAUCUAAAUCCAAUGUCGCAGUUGCUGAAUACGAUUAUGAAAAGGAUGAAGAUAAUGAAAUUGGGUUUGCCGAGGGUGAAACCAUCACUGCUAUUGAAUUUGUUGAUGAAGAUUGGUGGCAAGGUACUAAUGCUGCUGGUGAAACCGGAUUAUUCCCAGCAUCAUAUGUUUCAUUGAAAAUUGAAACAACUGUUGAGACGUCGGCUUCCCCAGCACUGCCUACAAGAAACGAUCCAACACCGCCCGAACCGGUUAAGUCUGAAGGACCUUCUGCAAUUGCAGAAUUCGAUUAUGAUGCUUCGGAAGACAACGAAUUAACUUUUAAGGAGGGUGACAUUAUUACUGAUAUUGAUCAAGUGGAUGAUGAUUGGUGGCUUGGUUCUCUCAAUGGUGAGAGAAAAUUAUUCCCGUCGAACUAUGUUAAAUUGCAGUAA